AAGUCACCGAAGUCAUCAGUCAGCUCUGAACAGUUACCAGUGUUACAUUUUCUACGCUUAAACAGUUGAAAAAUGAAGGCUUUCGUCGUAUUUGCAGUGGUCAUCGCCAUCGUGGCUGGUGCUGCCGUUGAGAAGAAGGAAGUCGAGAAAUCUGUAGCCCCGGCAGAAGGUGAGAAGAAACAGGACAAGCGCGGCCUGUGGGAUCUUGGCUACGGAUACGACUCGCAUGGUUGGGAUUCUCCACUGAAGUUGUCGCACGGUUGGGAUGAGCCCCAUGUAACCACUAUCAUCAAGAAGGAACACGUCCCUGUUCCAUACGAAGUCGAAAAACACGUGCCGUACCCAGUCAAGGUUCCAUAUCCAGUGACCGUUGAGAAGCACGUUCCAGUCGUCGUCGAAAAGAAGGUCCCAGUUUAUGUCGAGAAACCAGUGGCCUACCCAGUCAAGGUUCCCUUCAAGGUUAAGGAAUACGUCGAGGUUCCCAAGCCAUACCCAGUGCAUGUUGAGAAGCCAUACCCAGUCUACGUGAAGAAGCCAGUCGUUGUCGAGAAGCACGUCCCAGUGUACGUCAAAUCCCACGGCUGGGAACCCCAUAGCCAUUCGUACUCCGAGUUCCACUCGUACCACUAAAUCGAUAAGACUGGUUCUAGCUACUAGACCAACAAAUUACACGAACUCUCAAAAAGUGUUGAUAUUAAUCUCACAUAAGCAUACUCAAACUAUUCCAAUAUUGUGAUCUUCAUGUAUUUCAUCGCUUCUGGCCCGGACAAGUCUCUCUUGGCUGACCGGUCGCCCCUUGUUAACGUUACUCGACUUGUUACAGGACCUACUGCAGGGCUGCAGAAGAGAAUACUCAACUUUCUGUCUCAAACGAGGAAAAGUACUGGAAAGCCAAAAAUCCAUUCAUUUUUCAACUUGUUGACCAAUGUAAAUAAAUUAUUUUACUUUGUCUACAUGUUGUAGACAAAAAGUAAUAAAACCUGAACAAAAAAAAUACAAAAAACUGAACUC